UCUCCUCAGUCCCAUCCAUGCCUGUGCUACAGGAUCCAUGUUCGACCGCUGGUUGCGAUGGUGGCCACACUGCUUCAGGCAAUGGAGCGGAAUACAGAGCACACACCGAGUUCCCCAGCAGUCAGCCUUCACUUCCUGGUAGGAGAUGUAAACAGAAUUUGACAGAGGCUGAGAAGGAAGAAAGGAGAUUGCGCAGGGUGUUAGCUAACAGGGAGUCAGCGAGGCAGACCAUCCGUCGGCGUCAGGCUCUCCGGGAGGAGUUGACCAGAAAAGUUGCUUACUUGUCCCUGGAGAAUGAGAAUAUGAGGAUGCAAAAGGAUGUGGCCAUGAAAGAGUACCUUUCACUCAAGGACACAAAUGAACAACUGAAGGAGCAGAUUGCCAUGACAGUGAGGUCUGGAACGGAGAGCAGUGGGACUGCUGCAGGCAAAGAGAUGGAGUCAUCAACAUGUUCGCCCGGGUUCUCCAUGCACAAGCCUUUGACUUGUGCCGACACCAUAGGUUUCUUCGAGCACAGUGGAUCAGUGCGGCCUCUUUACGUGCCACCCUGUGUGUGGUACUAUCCAUCGCACCAUGAAGUUUCUCAUCCAUUUGGAGACCAAGAUGUUGCUGCAUCCAGGGACAAUGAAGCGAGGGUCUCUGUUCAUGGCAGGGACGAGAAGGAUCAAUGCUUGAUAGCAAGAGUUGGGAACGAAAAGGAAGAUGCACUCGUCACCAAAAGAACCCACAAAGAUGAGAUGACGGUCAAGAUGCCACGAUCCAUGUCAAAAGAGAAAUCUGAGCUGCAGCGUGAUGAAGGUUUGCCAGAGAAGCUGCAGGCUCGCUCUCCUGGCGAAUCGUCGAGCACAUCAUCGGCUGCAGCUGCGGCGGCGGCGACGGAGGCAAGGAAGAGGAGGAAGCAACUCACGAAGUUGAAGCACAGCCAUGGAAGCUGGGCUGGGAAGCACGGUUGA